CCAGAGACAGACGACUGUGUGGCAUUUGUGAGUAAGAAUGUCCAGUACGCGCAUUUCAGCCAUGCCGCCCUCAGACAUGGACCCGAGCAAGGCGCCGGUGGCUUUCGGUAAUCGCGCGCUCCCGCGUCUCGCGCUACAACUGCAGGACACGCGGCUGCUCACCCGCCAGCGGGCGCUCGCUGUUCUCUGCGACCUCGUGCACGACCCGGAGAGAGCAUAUGAAGUCACUGAAGCAGGAUGCCUAGGAAAGCUGAAGGCAUUGCUACAGGAUAAGGACACAACAGUGAGGGUGAAAACCACAGAGAUUCUCCAUCUGCUGGCUAACCAUCUUGUCAGCAGGCUGGCCUUUCUGGAGCAUCACGUAGUUGUGUCACUGUCUGACCUGCUGGAUGACCCGGUACCAGCCUGUCGGAGGAAUGUGCACCGGGCCCUGCAGGUGGUAGCACAGUUUCCUGCAGGCGCAAACUGUCUGCUGUCUCUGGGUCUGGUGCAAAGACUAGUGGUGAAGCUCUCCAAGCAGGAGGAGGAAGAGGAGGAGGAGAUCCAGGGCCUGAUCCUGGCCACACUCAGCAGCUGUGUGCGUGUGGAAGCCAAGCCUACCUUGGCCACCAAUGGAGUCCCCAUCCUGCACAACCUGCUUUCUCACCCAUCAUCCAGCAUUCGCUGUGCUGCAGCUCGUGUCAUGGUGGCCAUCAGUGUCUCCCGUGAAGGGAAGGACAUGCUGUGUGAGGAAGAGGUUCUCCCAGUCUUGGUCAAAUUACUGUGCGACAGUGACCCGGGGGUCAAAGCUAAUGCUGCUGGCACCAUUAUGAACACAGCGGUCAUCACAAAAGGGAAGUAUCAGGCCCUAAAAUCUGGCGCCAUCCCCCCACUGUUGGCCCUGGUGACCAGUGAGGAUACAGCUGUAUGCGCAAACGCGCUGCGGGCCCUCACUGUCCUGGCCGAGGUACCGUCUGCUCGCCAGAAGCUCCUGGAGCAUGUGCCCCUGCUAGAGACACGGUUGAGCCAUCCUGUUGCCAUCAUCCAGCGGGCGGCCGCCACAGCCAUCCGUGUCAUCACCUGGCUUCCCUAGAGGUGCUGAGGGGAGCGCAGCAUGUGGACACCUUCUAUGGCAGGCUCACACUGGGAGACUAUCCAGCCCUGGUAUGCACUCACCCACACUCACCCUCUCUCACCCGCACUCACCCUCUCUCACCCGCACUCACUCUCUCUCACCCUCACUCACCCUCUC